CGUAGGUGUGAAAAGCCGCCAUCCGGGAGAGGCUUUAUUGGGCUGUCUCUGGUCGCCGUUACUAUGCAGAGAGAGGAGAAGCAGCUUGAACUGUCCCUGGAGGCGCUUAUUAGUCAAGUAGCUGACCUGAAGAAUUCUUUGGUCAGUUUCAUUUACAAGCUGGAGCAUGAAUAUGACCGUCUCACCUGGCCUUCGGUGCUAGACAGCUUUGCUCUGCUCUCAGGGCAGCUAAACACUCUGAAUAAAGUGCUGAAGCAUGAGAAAACUCCAUUGCUGCGCAACCAGGUCAUAAUUCCAUUAGUGUUAUCACCAGAUCGUGAUGAAGAGAUUAUGCGGCAGACAGAAGGACGAGUGCCGGUAUUUAGCCAUGAGGUUGUGCCUGAUCAUCUGCGAACGAAGCCUGAUCCUGAGGUGGAGGAGCAAGAGAAGCAGCUGAGCACAGAUGCAGCUCGCAUUGGUACUGAUGCAGCGCAGAAACAGAUUCAAAGCCUAAACAAAAUGUGUUCAAACUUGCUGGAGAAAAUCAACAAAGAAGAACGAGAGUCUGAGAGUGGAGGUUUACGGCAGAACAAGCAGACAUUCAACCCCGCUGAUACCAAUGCACUGGUUGCAGCUGUAGCCUUUGGGAAGGGACUGUCAAAUAGGCGUCCACCAGGUGUGGCAGGACCUGGUCAGUCUGGUCAACCAGGUGCCAAUACCAUCAUAGCAGGUGCUUCCACCAUGCAACAGGUACAAAUGUCUGGAACACAAAGCCAGCAACAGCAAAUGCUUGGAGGAGUACAAAUGUCACAAGCAGGCCAACCAGGUAAGAUGCCCAGUGGUAUAAAAACCAAUAUAAAAUCUGCUUCAAUGCAUCCCUAUCAAAGGUGAGUCCAAAGUAUUCUGGCCUGUUGCUGCUCCUGGACUUUAUUUCAUGGACAUCAUUUCUUCACCUCACUGUCAACAGUGACAUUCCCAGUGGAAGUUCUAUCCUCUAAGAUCUCAUAGCGAUAAUUUAUUUAAGCGACUGCAUUGAUCACCCGGAACACAGGAUUUACAGAACUCUUCAUACAGCGUGGCAGAGGCCUUUCCUUUUGGAGGAACACAUCUGCAAACUAGCCAGGCCUGGAGAAGGAGCAGAUCUUGGCUUUUCCCCCUUACGUUUAUAAUAAGCCUGAAUGCCUUGGAGAGAGCACUUCUUUUGGAAUUGGAUGAUGAUGGAGUUGGAGUUAGGCAAGAUGUACUCUUCAGUGUUUUAUUGAAUAAAUAUCAAGUGAUCUGC